UGACAGGUGGCGCAAGGUGGUAUUUUGAAUUUUUACGCUUGCGGAUGCUCUGAGUGACGAGGUGUGGUCGGUCGCUACUGCGAGGACACCGUAAAGUGGGGGAAAAAAGAGAAGUUAUGUCUACGUGACAGCGACGAAACAACAAAAACUGAACCGCCUCAGCCAUGGCUACCACCGAGGCGGCGAGGCUCGGCCUUCUAUGUUUAUUCUUCGCAAGCGCCGUGUGGGGCCAGGAGUGUCCCCGCGGAUGGGUGGACUACGGCCAGUCAUGUUACAAGUUCAACCGAUCUCCGCCCCGAACGCGGGAUGGUGCCAAGGAGGCCUGCCAGGCCUACAACUGCGAGCUGAUCUCUGUGAACACGUUUGAAGAGCACCGCUUUGUUGUCGACUGGUUGCGAGAGCACGAUCCCCAGCAUCGGAGGUGGUUCACGAGCGGUUUUGAGAGUGGCGACAAUGUGUGGACCUGGGAAGGCGACAACGCCCAGUUCAGCAACAUCGACAACCUCUGGCUGCCUCAGCAAGAUGGCUACCUUUGGAAAUAUGUCUCUUAUAACUUCUCAACUGAGCUGAAUCGCUGGGGCCUGCAAAAGGUUGCCCCCGGAGACGAGCUGGCAUUCAUCUGCGAGAUCCCCAAGGAACGGCUGUUCCAGAUUUAUAUCCAAGAAAGGCCUCUCGACUUCGGGUACAUCCUGACCAACCGAGAGGAGGUGCCUCGGGGCCCUUACUUUGUCGAGGAGCCCUCCGAGGUCAUCUUCGACCUCAGUGGUCGCAGCCAGACCAACGACAUCUCCCUGCGCUGUGUGGCUGAGGGAAAUCCGCCGCCCACUUACAAGUGGUUCAAGGAGGAGUAUGCAAACGAUGAGCUCCUCAACAUUUACAUCGACCCACUCUCCAAUGGCCGGUUUACGCAAACAGACGGGACCUUGACCAUUCAUUACCCGGAUCAGACCAGAGACAGGGGCAAGUACCACUGCAUGGCCGAGAACAAGUACGGCAAGGUCCUCUCUCGCUCUGUAGCUCUUGGUUUCGGCUUCAUCGGAGAGUUCAACAAGAACCGAGCUGGUGACAGUGGCAAGGAAUUCUGGGGAAAGUCGGUGUCGUGCGACCCUCCGCAGUUCAAUCCGGCGGUGCACUACUUCUGGGUACGCAACGCCUUUCCGGACUUUGUCCAAGAGGACCCGCGCGUGUUUGUGUCGCACGAUGGCAACCUGUACUUCUCGUCCCUGGAGAAGAACGAUGACGCAAACUACUCCUGCAACGUUCAGAGCCGUAUCUCUUCCACGGGCCGCACUGGACCCUAUUUCCACCUUUUGGUUGAACCUGCCUCGAGUGGCCAGAAGCUGUUGUUUCCCAACAACUUCCCGAAGUCGUUUCCCGAAGCACCACUGGCUGGCAACGACGUGCGCCUGGAGUGCAUUGCUUACGGAUAUCCUGUGCCCAAGUACAACUGGACCCGCAUGGGAGGCCCCAUGCCAGCGGGGGCGCAGAUCAGCUCUCACGGCCGCGUGCUGCUCCUGCCGCGCGUGCGUGUCGAAGACCUCGGCGAGUACGUCUGCAUCGCCAGCGCCGACCAAGACAGCAUUCGCAAGGGUGUCACCCUCACCAUACAGGCAAUGCCCGAGUUCACUAUACCGCUGGAACACCAAGUGGCAGAUGAAGGUUCCCGACUUACAUGGACCUGUGAGGCAUUCGGCAUCCCUGAAGUGGAGUACCACUGGUAUCGCAACGGCGAGAUGCUUAAAACCGAAAGCUCAGAUGACCUGCGAGCCCGGUACAAGGUGGACAACAACAUCCUGGUCAUCGAGGACAUCAACCGUGCUGAUGAAGGCAUGUACCAGUGUUCCGCCACCAACUCUCUCGGCACCAGUUUCUCCACAGCGCAGCUGAGGGUUGUCACCAUGGCACCAAAUUUCGCCAAGUACCCCCUGGACAAGGAGAUGUAUGCAGCCGAGGAAGGCAACAUCACAAUCCCUUGCCGUCCGGAGGCAGCCCCCUACCCGGAGUUCACGUGGCGAAAGAACGGCUACACCUUUGCACUCGGGGGUAGGACACAGAUGCUGAAUAACGGUUAUCUGCGGAUCGAUCCGGUGCGCCGCGAAGAUGAGGGCAACUACACGUGCGUCGUCAAGAACCAAUAUGGCACUGCCAGCAGCACCGGUGCCCUUGUCGUGCUGUCAUUGCCACGCAGCGUGGAGACACCUCCCCCGAAGGUGGUGGCCACGGUUGGGAGCCUGGAGGAGCUGCACUGCCACGCACUGGCCCCGCACAUGCUCGACCUGUCCUACAUCUGGCUGCACAACGACCUGCGCAUACAGCCGCACGAGUGGCCCCAGUAUGGUGUGGGUUACCGGCCAGGUUACCUGGUCAUCUACAAUGUGAGCUUCGCCGAGGCUGGCCGCUACACCUGCAUUGCCAAGACAUCAGUGGGCAAAGUAUUUGCCAACACUGAGCUGCUGGUUUUGGGCCCCCCUGGUCAGCCUGGUGCAGUGCUUGGGCACUCCUUCAAUGCCACUUCUGGCUUUAUCGAGUGGGCCGACGGCACCAGCCAUGGCAGCCACAUCACCAGCUAUGCUAUUGAGGGACGCACCAACCACAACGGCACCUGGAGGGAACUGCUGAACGUGACGUACGCCCCACCUUCGAAGCACCACGCGUCAGGCAGGCGGGAGGUAGAGCUCGGCAACGUGCUGUCACCGUGGAGCAAGUACGAGUUUCGGGUGACUGCGGCCAACAUCCUGGGUGUCGGCCAACCAUCCGAUCCCAGCCCACAGUACAACACGGCCGUGGACCGACCUUACAUCGCCCCGCGCAACGUUGGCGGCGGAGGUGGCAAGGCUGGCUCGCUCACCAUCACGUGGACGCCGCUGUCGCCGGAGGAGUGGAACUCGCCGGAGGUCUGGUACCGCGUUUACUACCGGCCGUCCGGUGACCGAAGCGAGCCGAGAAAGAAGGACCUCCGCAAGCUGGGAAACGUGGGCCUCUACGUGGUACCCGUUGGCGAGGAAAACUACUUCUCGCCGUACGAGGUUCAGGUACAGGCGGUGAACGUGGUGGGCGAGGGUCCCAUCUCGGAACCGGAGAUUGUCUAUUCGGCCGAGGGCAUGCCCCAGGUGCAGCCCUCGGGUGUCUACGCCGUGCCGCACAAUUCCACCGCCCUGAACGUCACCUGGACUCCGCUGGACGUAACCCGUGAGAAGAUCCGAGGACGCCUUAUUGGACACCGAAUCAAGUACUGGCGAAGCGACCUGGACCGAGAGCUGGACUCCCUGAUCUUGCUCAAGCGAGGCAUCGAAAACUGGGGCCUCAUCGUGGGUUUGCAGCCCAACACGGAAUACCGGGUGGCUGUCAUGGCGUACAACGAGGCUGGAUCGGGCCCCGAGAGCGAGUUCUUCGUGGCCAAGACGUUCAAGGCCGCCCCCUUGCGGCCUCCGACGAGUGUCAAGGUGCACGCCCUCUCCCCUACCAGUGUGCGUGUCACGUGGCGAGGCGUGGUGCCGUCCAUUGAGGAGGAGUCCAUACAGGGCUACAAGGUUCGAUACUGGGAAGCAGACCAGGACCUCACGUCGGCGAAGGAAGUCUACAAGCAGCUCGACGGCGAAGACUUGGAGGCCGUCGUGUCGGGCCUGGUUCCCGGCAAGGUGUACAAGCUCCGAGUGCUUGCUUGGAGUUUUGGUGGCGACGGAAAGAUGUCCUCGCCCCCAUGGGAGUUCCGUGUCGGAGAAGGGACAGCGUCCGCCUACAGGUCUGGCGCUUCCAUCACUGGCGGAAGCAUGCUGUUGCUAUGGCUGGCCUUCCUCUUUGCCAAGUUGUAGCAGGAGGGUGCGAGAGGAAUCUGAUAUGCGGGUGGAGAGACCGGGUACCUGGAUCAAUCACAAGAGUAGUUCAACGCAGGCCUGCGGUGCCCGUCGACAGAAAAGCUGUGGAUCAUUUUUCCACUCCUAUUCUGAACCACAGGAGACCACCGUGCAACGCUGGCAGAUUCUCAUCCGGAGUAGUGAAGCAGCUGAUGCGUAGCAUAUAGUUUACGCUGGUCUUAAAAAGCAUUACCUGGUGUGUCGGCUGCAGUGGCGUGAUGUACAUACUCCUGGCGAUCCAACCUAAAUGUAUUAGUGCCUGAUCUCUGUGGUGAAAAGCAUGGAGUGCGCACACUAACUCUGCCAGGAAUGAUCUGAAGUGCUAAUGAGCAACAAACUGCUAUUUGAAUGCUGUUGGAAAGCAGAUGUGUUUUAGCUUUCUUUUUCUUUUUGUAAGCCUGCCUUUUUUGUCACUGGUCUGCUGUAGCCUUCUUCGUUUGAUGCAUUGUUACGGUGGCCUAAUUUUGUAACAUGUCUAUUCCCGGUUCAUUCUUUCGCCGCUUUGUUGAAAGGGUUGCAAGCUCGGCGUCUGAACAACAGAGCAAAACUAAGCAUGAAUCAAAUCAAAAAGGAAAGAACUGUUGCAGAACACAGCCUGUAAUCAAUUGUUUUUACGCCGUGAGCGAAAAGGCAGUUUCAAUCAUGGGGCAAUCAUGGGGCUUACUUUAUUGUGAACGUCUUAAGCUAGGCAACACUUGAUUGACAUGGUAUUGUGAUGGCCGCUUGUUUGAAGUUCAGCCCCAAGGUAUAUCGCUGUUUAAUCGUGUUUUGUGUUUUUUGACAAACGCAUUUUAAAAUGAAUCUCACACCACACAGACUUAUGAAGGACGUGUCUUGCUGCAAGUAUUGUGUUCUUUUGUACGUGAUGUCUUAUUGUCGCGAAAAUGUCAAGUCUUGAAGUCGGACCUUCAAUUAUGGAUAGACAUUGCCCGCGAGUGGCUCCUACAGGAACCACAGUGCAAUUGAGAAAUGUGCAUUUCAUUUACUGGUUAUUACGGUCAAUCCCCUUUAUAUCAAACCUGGACUCUUGGGAUUGCCUGUACUGGAUAGAUACUGGAAAUCUUAGAAGCAGUAGGGUGCUUUGAGGAGAGGCCACUCCAUAUAUGUAUUGAAACAGUAUGCUGCAUUAAUGCCUCUCCGUACGCAUUUUUCUUUAGCAUUUGGCACGCCUUCACGAUACCCUGUCGGUCCGCUACCACUUUUCAGACGUAUGCUCCUUUUCCCAUGGUACUCUGCUGCUCAUAUGAGUAAGCGUUCAGGCAGUUUGCAUUGCUACAAACAGGAGAAAAUUACUGCUGGUGUGUCAUAAUUUAAUUUAAUACUAGUGGCACUUUAACUCGACAACCAGAAGGCACACUAUACUCUCAUGAAGGAAGCAGCCUUCCUGCAAAGUUGCCUGGCAAGUGUACAUCGGUGUGCUGCGCUCAGCCGCCAGGUUACCCUUUCUCAGAACGCAUUUGGUUCCUGUCAUAGCGGUGAGUUCAAGCUUCACAAUUAUGAAAUUACAGAAGCCUGACUUUGUGUAUUGAGUCUCUGCUAUUAGCAUACGUACUAAGCAAUUUGCGAUCUCCUUGGAGUUCAGUAUGUGUGCUUGGGCUCAGUUAUAGGCGUUGAUAGAUUUUGAGUGACUAGAAAAUGAAAAGCUGUGCUAACGAAUCUCAUUCCCAAUGACAGCUCUUUUGAGCAUUUUGUCCCACUUUUUUCUGUUAUGGCAGCUUUCGGUUUUAGCAGUUGUGUACAACACUUACCUGCAGGUGGUACUUCGAAGAUAGGUAGGCAGCAGUGUACUUUGAAUCUCGCCCCGAGAUGUGAGCUGGUUGUGACAUUUUUUUAAAGGUUUCUCAACUUUUAGUUGUACAUUUUGUGCCGAUGUGAUGUGGGAACCUUUCGCCCAAAAUGAAUUUGAGCGUUUAAUGACAACGUUCAAUCUUUCACUUUUUUGUUUUUAGGAUUCACCUUACGGACACAUCUGUGACACUUAUAUUAAGUUAUUUGCCAAGUCAAAGACUUCGCAUAGAGAGCUAGACAGAUAAUCAAGAUAAGCACAUAGUCUAGGUCUCCCGUUAGAUACCUUUUGUUGUUGCAUUGUAAUGUUGGCGAGGUGGUUAACGUCUCCAGCAUUUGCUGUACGUGGCAGCGUUUCUGGAAUAACACUGCCAACGUGUUUCAUAACGCACGUCUUACCUUGCCAAUUCUUUUAGUGUACCCAUCCUCUCUCACAGCCAUUGUACAGAACUUGUAUCAAUGUUGGAUUUAUUUCAGAUUGACAAAGUUUGCUCAGGCUCCUGCAUUUGUUGGGGAUUGCAAACAAGCGAGACGUCUGGUUAGCUAACGGGUUAGACUAGGGCAACAGAGUUUGUGAUAAUUCAGAUCUGAAGUUUUGUGAUGAAGCCAACAGAUUUAAAGUUGUAUGACCUAGCUUUUCAAUGUCGCUUUAGGCUGGCAUCACCUUCUAGUAGUAUUGAAAGUAGCAUGUCAUUGUUUUACAUGGCAUUCUCUUUAGUUCCGUCCACUUUUUAAUGUUGCACUUCGUGUAUGUAGGGCCUUCUUGUUUUAUACCUUGUAACGCCGAUGUGCUCGAGAAUCGUAUCAUUCGCAUGUUUCUCGCUGAAACGAGAAACUGCGUCGUUUCGCUGGUGAUGGCUCCACUGCCGCUGGGACGUGUAGAUGGGCAUCACGAAGUGUAGGCCAAGUGUUUGACGUCAAUGUGCGAGGUUUUAGUUGUAUACUUCCAUGCUUGAUGUUGUUGGAAGUGUUAGGUUUGUCUUGUACGACACACAUAGGAAAGGGUCCAGUGGUUAUGGCAUGAGUAUUGUUUACAUGGUGGAGCUUUUUUUGUCAACUUCCGUCCUGGUUUGACCGAAUAGUUACCUAUGCAGCUUCUAUAGAUCAAAUUCUAGUUCUUUACUUGUCUUGAUGUCAGGGGUUCAGAACUGGAUUUCGCAACUGCGCACACGUACAGAGUUGCCGUUUCGUGUUGCACUUUUUAACAGACCUACCAGCCACGCUAUAACCCAAGCCUGUGAACUGUGGAGUUCACACACUUCUAACUUGUUUGUUCAUUGACUGUUUCUGGCAAUCUGAAUGGUUACAAACCAAGUGAAUGACUUUUGUCCCUGCAGCACUUCAUGUACUUGUUACACAAGGUGUACAAAAGUGAUUUUGAAGUAAUUUAAAGUGAAUAAGUUAUUUAAAAUUUUUUAUCAAGUUAAUCAGAAUUAAAGCAUUGUCUUAUCACCCGUCAUAGAAGCACCUAGCCAUCUGAUUGCCAAACUACGUUUGUGUCAAAAGUUAGUUGUAUAAAAUGACCAUAGUUGAAGCGUGACAGGGACCGGACAUUUUUUUUUCGUCUCCGUGCUUUGCCUAGGUGUCUACGGUGGGACGCAAUACAAGCUACCUGUUGAUGCACUGCCACAAAGUAACGUUUUUCUAUAAACUGAGUAACUAUACCUUACAUUUAGAAGCGUGUGAGAAGGAUGUGUGCGUGGAUCUAUGCCAAUGUUCAUACCCGUGUUCUGAUGUUUCUGACGUGGAAUUUGCCAUUGUAUCGUGUACAUUUUCUCGCACCUCUUACGUGUAAUUGGUUUACAUCUUUGGUACUCAUACUGCUUUGUGUCUGUCAGAAUUAUGUUUUACGUAUAACAUGCCGAUGUUGCUUCAUGUCUGGCCUGCUGAAACAGUUGACGUAGUGUUUCUCGCAAUGCGUCCAAUUUUGUGCAGCUUGUGUUGCUUCUAAUAUGUAUGUUUCUAUGUGAAAAAAUGGGUAAUGUGGUUCCACUAAUGACCGUUUCUUGACUGAGGGGCAGCUAGCAUGGUAAGGUGUGAAUUAGCAAACGAGAGUGGUCAGGACCUUUUGAUUUGUUAUUGGAGCACAUAGCAGAUGACCUUAUUCUGCAUACAACAGUGGAAAUCAAUGGCUCUGCAGCUACAGAAAUGUCGUAAUAAGUGGGAACUUCUUCAAAACUGUACGACAUUUGGAAAAUUUUCAUAAAGGUAUGUUAUGUUAUAAUUUCUGCCAAGACUGUCGUGUCUACAAACGUCUGCAGUUUUAUUACCGCAUCAUCCACCAAGGUUAGAAAUAAGAGUUAAAAGUUCACAGUUUAUGGGGACGAAUAGCUUUUCUCAGACCAACAGAAACAAAAGUAUACAGACCACAGAUGUUUUGGUAAUAGCUUGUUGUUACAACUGUGAGCUGCACAUUCGUGUUGUUAGGAUAGUCGUACCUUUUUUCCCACCCAUGGUCCACAAACCUGAUGAUGCAUCCUAUAUUCAACUCUAAGAUGAAAAGACUUAAAUAAGAGAAGGCAUUUGUAGACACAUGUAAGGGUCUUCAGGGACCAAGUCAAGCUGCCUAGAGCAGCUUUUAGCCCUGAAGACUAUCCAGAUUUUUCUGGUGAAAUAAACUUUGACUUAUAACGGCAAAAAAAAAAAAAAAAAUGUUUCGCAGUGAAAAGCAUAAAUCCGGGUCAGGCCUGUAGCAAAAUUCAUAGAGAUAAUUAAAGUAAAGUAACUUUCCUAUAACAUCACUUUAACCUUAGCUAGCCAAUGUUACAUUCGCUAGAACAUGAAUCUAUGUAGCAACGUUGUAGUGUUAGCCAUAGCUAAAGUGCUAAUCUUGACGUUAGCCUAGAAUGCAGUGUGUUGGUGCUUCUUGUUUGAGCUAUUCAGUUUUAUUGGCUUUACAGGUUCUUUAGGUUUUACAAACAGUUAGCUUUGAAAGAACUAUUACAGGUUUUUCAAUCCAAAGAGGCUGUUAAAAGUUUUUCUACCUCCUUGGGCGCAGGCCUUGUCUUUAUUUUUUUUACAUGGCAAGGUUGUGGAAUCUAUAAUUGCACCCUUGUUUAGCAGUUUUUGCUUGAUAUGCACAGUUGUUGUAAGCCACAAGGUACCACAAAUUAAGCAGUUAUUGCAUACAUCUUCCACUGCUCUUUUUCCCAUGUCUGGUAAUCCACUAAAGACUGCAUUCAAAUCGCACUAACCUUAUUUGUCAGUUCAGGGCUUCUUGCAUUCCUCCGUGUUUUACUCACUCAUUGCAUGUCGGAACAGCGUCUUCACUGCUAAUGUGCAUCAAGGCACGGUCCAUUCUCCAAACUCAUAACCUCAUCAUUUCAAAGAUUUUAAAGGGACACUAAAGAGCACAACGAUUUUUCUCAUAUUAGUAAUGUAUUCUUUCACGAUACUAAAAACACCACGCUUGCUCCGAGAAGACGCUUAGUCAGCGAGAAAACGUGCAAAAACAAAACGUGGGUGGCGACGCCACCUUGAAGUUUUCGCACCAUUCGCCGUGACGUCACAUGUUUUGACGGCACCUACUAGGGACUACGUAGUUCCUAAUCGGUAAAAAUGAAGUACAUUGUCCUCUGAGGGGGCCAUACACUUAACAUGCAAAGUUUGUGGUAAUUUUGUUGAGCCAAUGGCGCCAAAAUACGAUAAAUACACUUUGAAAUCCGUGACGUCACCCGGGGAGAUUUCGGCGCCAAAUUUAAAAAUGAAACUUUGAACUUGAUUUUCUCCUCUAUUAAUAAACCUAUGAUGGCGAAAUUAACGAUGUUAGAGUUCUCAGAGCACAAUUUAUCGAUCUAAACCGAUUCAUUGUUUCUCUUUAGUGUCCCUUUAAUGUGCGCUUCUGUGUGGUGCUCCUUUGCGCAGGUAAAUUCGCGUAAUAAGUAGUACUUGACGAGGUAAAAUUCAGCAACCAUGGUUUGACAAGGGCAAAGUGCAACGACUUCUUAUUCCGAGAUGUUUGUGCGCACCAAAGAACUUAGAUUGGACAAAAUGAAUCCAAGGCUCGGGAAAGCUCACACAUGGAAAUCCCAGUAAUCAAUCAAAACUUGCUCUUAGUUUUCACUUAUGUGCUUGAGCUGUUCACUGGGUGAUUGAAAGCUCUGUGGUUCACAAUCUUCUAUUACGUAGUCCACGCAUAAUCUCGGCACUGCCGCUGUGGCUGGCAGCCAGAUCUUGCCGACUUGGGUCGCUCAUUACUUGUUUAGCUGGCCUGUGGCACUCGGUUUCACAGCGCUCAACUGCACAUUUCAUGUUAUGGGCACAGUGUCUUUACAGCUGCAACUGUGUCGUAUGUGUGGUAUGGUAUUAACUGGCAUCAGUUCGUCCAUUUUGUCCUGCAUAAUCACAUGAUCAUUGACGGUAGUGGGAUUUCAGGCGCAAUCACAGUAUGGUCAUUGAGUGCUGUGCAAUGAAGGCAUGGAUGUUCGACAAUACCAAGCUGCGAUGUCAUCCUAAAACCGUUGCGCAUUGCAUAAAAUACGUCGCAGAUACGUAUUGCUUGCCUGUGGUGAGUUACGUUUACACUUGUCAAACGCAUUCUUUCUGCAUGCCAACGCUACACAACUCUUCAAGUACCGACCUAGUGUUGCUUUGUAGUGGCCCUAGUGGCAUCCUGUGUGAGCAGUAGGAUACAUUGCAAGCUCACAUUGACAGAGAUAAGGGAGAUCAUGUACUGGGUAACCAUGUGGCUUUUGGCUGUUCGCUAAUCAAGGCAGUCAUUCACACAUUUGGCAUGACUGAUAAUGUUAGCAAGAAUCCAUAUGUUGUCCGUAUGUUGUUCGUACGUUGUCCAUAUAUCAUCACGUAUAACUUGUAUACGACUUUAAAAAUUGGCCUCUGCUACCCUUAAUCCCCAUUUCAGCAGUGCUUUCUUUUGUUCAUACGGGGAAGGCUGUGAUUCCUGUGAAGUUUGACGCAGGAAUUCUUGUACAAGAAACUCUGACAUUGAUCUUGAUGAGCUGUCAGGCCUUGCUAACCUGGUGAGCAGUUUUCACCCAGUACUAACUCCAAUGAAUUUCUUUAGCAGCAAAGUGGAGACUUGCAGUGCUGUUUGAACACAUUUAUGUAAAUGUAGCAGUUAUUUCGAUGUACAACCGGUGUACCAAGUGCAUGUUGCGUUUUUAUUUUUUAUAUACGAGUGAUUGGCACCUUGCCAAGCAAAGUUGUGCCUGAAUGAAUGUGUUACCUGUCUUUUCUUGUUGUAACCUGUUUGUUUGUUUGUAUUGCAGAGGGAAAAAAAAAAGAUGGUGUGUUUCUUGUGAGUUCAUUCAAAACAUUCCAGAGACUAUGCGCGAAUUGUCCAAACAGAUUUCACAUGUACAUAUGGCAAUGCCACUGUGUGGAGGAAUGCCUGAUAAUAAAAGACAACAUAUUU